AAGCGUUUCACAAGUAUGUGAAUGUUGAUGCGGUGUCGCUGCUCAUGUCUUAGUAAAGACUUAAAUACAGUUAUUAGCACUAUGGAUAGUGUUUAUAAAUAAUAUUUGACAUAAUUUUCAUGUUGACCUUUUACAUUUUGAAUAAACAAAAAAUAACACUUUUGAGAAGACAUGGCCUAUGGAGGUUCAUCAAUGUAUAAGGGAUCUGACCUGAUUCAUGACUACAGUUGUUCCAAGUGUGAGGAAGAUGACUUGAACACUGAAGCCCAGCACUUCUGUCCGCAAUGUGAAAAUUAUUUAUGUGACAAGUGUGUGACAAGGCAUGGGAGCUAUUACAAGAAGCAUACAGUGUUUGGGCGUGGCGACAUUCAGAAAUGGGCCGGGUUCUUUAUCGAUAGAUGUGACAAACACAGGGACAAGCUAAAUGUCCAUUGUGACGACCACCAGGAAUUGUGUUGCAGUGUCUGUGUUACCCUCGACCACAGGUUAUGUAGCAAAUUCAGUCACCUGGAUGACCUAGCGAGGGGCUUCCUGAACACAGCAGAUUUUAAGCUGCUGCCAGCAGCAGUUGACAAUAUUAGGAGCAAGCUCGAUCAGCUCAUGAAUGCCGGGAAAAAAGACCAAAUCUCACUGAAGGACUCUUACGAGAAAAUCAUUGCUGAAAUCAAGGCUCACCGUAAAGAGAUAAACAUGAUCUUAGACCAGAUUGAGAAAAAAACUGUUCAACAGUUGGAUAGUUUGAUGAAAGAUCUAGAGCAGUGUGCAAAAGAUGAUUUGGAAACAUGUGCUAAAAUGAAUGAUCAACUCAAGGACAUGGUUGACAAACUAAAUCAGAUUACUUGCAAUCAGAAGAAGACAAAUUCUUACAUUGGAUUUAGAAAAUGUCAAACUAUGUUAAAGGAAGUAACCACUGUGAUGCAAGAAAUACAGGGAAGGCCAAAGGAAGGGUUGAGGUUCAAAUCUGAUGAAAGUGUAUUACCAUUUCUCAGAAACAGCCUUGGCAACGUUGAGCAAUCCAUAUUUAAAACAAAAGAUGCCAUUCAUGUGCAUAAAGCAAAAUGGCAAAGUAACUAUUCUGUUAAAAUAAAGAAAGAUGCAAACAAUUGCUAUAUCUUAGGUAUGUGUGCGUUGCCCAGUGGAGAGGUGAUCAUUGCUGACUUCAACAACAGAGUGAUACUUUUGAACCAGCAGUACAACGUCAUCGAUCACCUUGAUAUGUCUUCUCUUCCUUAUGACUUGUGUUAUAUUUAUGGUAACGAGGUUGCUGUAGCUGCUUACGAUGCUGUAGCGGGUAAUGCUGAUGUUUUAAAUGGAGUCCAAUUCCUGACAGUGACCAAAGGGCAGCUUCAGGCAGUGAGAAAUUUCAACACAGGCCAUAGGUGCCGCUCCAUUAUAUACCACCAGGGCCACCUGUAUGUGGGUUCCAAUGAUGCCUUGUACUUGUACACCAUGGAUGGACACAUGAUAAACAAGAUAUAUGAAGACAAGGCUGGUGGCAGAACAGUGUACAAGUGUGCUAUUAGUCCUGACGGGGAGAGAAUUUAUGUCACAAAUAACCGUGCGCAUAAUUUAGUUACUCUGGAUAAAUUUGGUAAAGUGCUAUCUACUUUAAAAGAUCCUGAAUUACGCCAGCCUGCUGGACUAUGUGUAAGCCCCAGUGGUCAUGUAUUUGUGUGUGGCUGUGAUUCAAAUACUGUGUUACAGGUAGAUCGGGAAGGACAAAAGAAGUUGGCCACACUUGUCAGGGAGGUUGAUGGCUUGUGUAAGCCUGUGUCAGUGUGGUUCAAUCACACCUCCAGCCUCGUUGUCGGAAAUAGUGGAAGUGACAUUAUCCUAGUGUUUAAGCUGUGUUAAACUGCGAAUCAGAUUAAGGUAUCAUUAAAUUGUAGGUCUAUGUAAUGUAUAUCUGUAAGCUAUAUGUUAUGACAGUAACAUGAUGGCAAGUUCAGUUGUCAAGGCAGGUAGUUUUCAAGUGUGUGAUUUUUUUUUGGUAUUAUGGAGUAUAUAAACGACUGGGAGACUGUUGGUGAGAUGAAAGAAGGGGAAAAGGACCUCAAGUGGAAUAUAACUUCGAAACAGAAAAUAUGUUGAACAAAGAAAAUAUUGCGGUCAAUCGAAGGCUAUAGACAGGAUGACAAAAGGGAAAUUCAAAACUAGAUCGUUCAGAUCGAGUACUUCGGCAAAUGCUUUCGCAACUAUGAAGACUAAUGAUAAACUCGUUGGAACUUUAAACUAGUGAACAAGCAUUAUCACAAAAUAAGGGAAAAUGAAAAUCAUUGAUUUAUAGUAUGAUAAGAUAUAUAAAAAUACAACAUUUAAAUAAUGUCUUGUACAGUUUAUUGUAUAGAAAUAUUCUAAUGUAUCUAUACAUAUAUUUAUAUAUUGUGUUUGUGUGCGUCUCUGCGUGUGUGUGUAUGUGAGUGCGUGCGUGCGUGUUACAUAAAGGUUAUAAUGGAUGUUAUAAUGAAUGUUUUGUAAUUCAUACAAAUAAAUCUGUGGUCACAUA